CCAAAUGUAGGUUCCACAACACAUUCUGCUGCGUCUCCAGUGGAAUGUAUUUAUGAGUUGCUAAGCGAUGCAACUUCUGGAGAUUCGUCACCAUGUGGCCCACCAAAGGAAGUCAGUCGUCCAAUUACAAAACAAUCUGAAAAAACAAUAACACAGAGUGAGUCACCACUUGCCAGUGUGGGUAACAGAAGGAAACCCCCAUUUCCAUUAAAACCGGUGCCAAAACGACCACCUGACUUACCACUGACAUCAUCCACACAUGAGAAACCUGUCAUACCUAACAGGCCUGGUAAACCGAUCAAGCCAACUGACCUUCAAAUAAAGGGGAGAACAGACUUGCCGUUACAUCCAGCACCAAAUCCACCUGUUAUGUUAAAAGAUCAGAACAAGAGAAACUCUCAUCCGUUGAAUAACAACAUUGAGAAUGGCAAAAUGAAGGUUGUCAGUACGUAUGUGGAAAUGAAAGCUAUAACCCCAAGCAGUCCAACAGAAUACGAUCAGCCUCCCACUCCUGAUCACCCACCGCCUUCAGCGAAUGCUGCCUCGCUUGAGAUCCAUAGUAAAUUCCAUGCACAGUUGCUUCCUGGAAUGAGUUCCGAGGCUGAUUCACCCAGGAACUCAACUGCUACAGAUAUCACCGAAUCUUCAGACGCAACUUCAACUGCCUCAGAUUCUGAGGCAGAGGCUAUUUUUGAUCCUGUUUCCACAGUUACAUCAACAAUUUCAUCAACUAACGAUGGGCAAGUGAGCAAUCCACACUUGUCCACAAUCUCUGAGGGGACAGAGGUAUCCAUGGUUACAAGUAGAUCAGAUGAGAAAAAAGAAUUGGUCAUUAUUGAGUCAGCAGAGGUGAUCGCUGAAGCAUCAAGUGGAUUUUCUGAUAAAUCUAGUGAUGCUAUGUCUGUGUCUACGGAUAGUAGCAGUGAAGUAGAGAUUCUCAGACCAGAUGGUGCUGAUCCAUUUGCAGGUUUGGUUUAUGGAUCCAACCGCAAUCGAAGCUCCCCACAGCCUGUGAACUUUGACCUAUCACCCAUGGCAUCCCCAGAGAAGAUUCUAAGUCCAGUUGAGCUGAGCCAGGAUUGGCAGUCCACCGAAUCACUAGAAUCACCUGAUUUUGAUCAGAUACUACAAAAAGCUGCAGAAGCUGAAGAAACUAAAGUGACCACGACAACAGGCAAGUCGUCUGAAAGUGGACGAGAAGAUUCAACAUUUCUUGAUGAGAAUAAAGAGUGGCAACAGGUGUCUGAUAUACUGUCUUCCAUUGGUGCCGCUAUGGUCAGAGAAUCAGUCUAUAGCAGAGAUUUGGAGGAUAAAUUUGAGAAAAUGAUGGCAGCCUCGGUGAAACCAGAAAACGUUGCUCAAUGGUUGGACAAGUUGGGCCUCCUACAGUACGAAAAUACAUUCCUAGCCAAUGGUUUUGAUGAUUUAAACUUUCUAAGUGGUUCUAUUCUAGAAGAACAAGACCUAAUAGACAUGGAAGUGCAAGAGAAGAGUCAUCGACAACUCGUACUGGAAACAGCUAAACUUUUACCUAAUUUCAAGCCAAUUGAGGAGAGUACUAUGCCCUCUAGUGUUGAUGAAUGGUUGAAUAAUUUACACUUAUCAGACUACACUGAUCGAUUUCAUAAGAUGGGAUUUUCGACGAUGGAAAGAGUUCGUCAUAUAUGGGAAGUGGAGCUCGCUAAUGUACUGCAGAUAAACACAUUGGGUCAUCGAAAAAGAAUUCUUGCCUCACUCAGCGUAAUAUCAUCAAAACGACGGGAAAGCAUUACUACAAAGAAGGUUUUCCGACCAUUGUCAUUUACAUCAUCCAAAAACUUUGAAGUAGAUUGGGACCUCAGUCCGCUGGCAGAAAAUAAUGCUGCAGGGAAUGACAGUGAAGAUAAAAGUUCCCAGGAAUCCUCUUCGCUUGAAAACAUCAAUCUAUUUAAAGAUUAUUCCAAGGUUAAACCAUCAAACACACAACACUUAUCAACCAAGUCUAGUUCUCCACAAGGUCCUAGCAAAGGACCACCAGUGCCUUCCAGAUAUUCUUCCAGGCAAAGUAAACCCAGUGGUAUGAGAACGUCCAAUUGGAUCCGUUGGCCAAUGCACCUUUUACGCUGGACCCUGUUAGAUUGUGAUACUCUAAAAGACCACAUAGACUUGACUGCUAUUGAUGCAUGUUCUUAUCUUGGUUCUCAACUUAUUAAAGAACUGAAGGGAACAGAAUCAACCAGAGAAGCCUGUGCCAAACUGAGGAAAUCCACUAGAAAUAUUGAAAAAAUUCCGUCUAUUACACUCUCCAUUAACUACAAAGGUGUCAAGUUUAUUGAUGCCCAAACAAAUGUGGUGAUCACUGAGCAUGCUAUACGCAAUAUAUCCUGUGCAGCUCAAGAUCCUGAUGACUUGAAAGUGUUUGCUUACAUCACCAGAGAUGACAGAGUAAAGAAGGAAUAUUGCCACGUCUUCAGUGUCAAGAGUAAUGAGCUUGGUGCUGAGGUGAUUUUAACUCUCGGGCAAUGUUUUGAAGUUGCGUAUCAGAAGUUGAUGAAAGAAAAAUCUGGAGAUUUAAAUCCACUCUACAAAUCUAAUGACAUCAAUCCGUUAUAUAGUCCACAAACGAUGUGAAUUCCGGAGUGCCAAAUGAACAUUUCAUGCAUCAAUUGAAUGUAGAUUAGUUUUGUUUAUAUGUUCUAUGCACAAAGAAGAAAUCAUCUUCCUGUAAAUUGUUGAAAAGGAACUCUUCCAACUUUUAACUGUAAAUAAUCUUGCCAAAUGUGUGUAUGCAAAUUAGGCAGCAUGAUCAAGAUUGGGUUAACCAGAAUGCACUUGAUUUUAUCAGGUGUAUGUGCACACAGCCAAAAUCUAUCGAUUGGGGUACUUUAUUGGCCUGAAGAUAGUUCAUCGUAGUGGGCUCGAUGAAUAUACAUUAAGUUUGGCCUAUAAUGCCAUGUGUUACGGCAUGUUAUUGCAUAGCAACAAGAACAUGCGAGGAACGAAAAUAAUGUUCAUAACUAAAUUCUUCACUACCAAAUAAUAAUUAUUGUAAUUAUGGAAGCUUGACUGCAUAAUCCAGCUAGUUCUUAUAGUUAUAUUAACCCAUAUCAAGUCACAAAUAUUCAGUCGUACUUGAUAGACAGUAUAAC